UAGGCGGGAGUAUGUGUGUUCGUUAGUAUGUGAGGGAACGCUGAGUAUAGGGGAUCUCGUGGAGGCAUGGAGACUGCAUAGUUACUGCAAUAUUUUUGUGACGUCAUGGCGGAGUUUGACCUUGAAAGUCUCCGCUCCAGCGAACCAGAGCUGCCGCCUGUCACCCCCGGGUUUUUCGAUCUCGACGCUCUGAUCCUGGACGAAAAGUCUCUUUGCAACAUCGAUCAAAUCAUCGCCGCACUUGACAUCAGACUCGACAAGGAAAACCAACUCGUCCACUUAGCCCUCCGGAACCUGAAAUAUGUUAUUAUGUGUCAGGACCGAAAGGGCCGCCUAGAGGCAGGAAAACGGUUAUCGGCCCUUAACGUUGCCAAUCCGGAUCACCUUAACACACUAGCUAACCUCGAGCACGUGUACAAACUCUGUCACAGACGAGCCGACGCUAAGGCAUGCCGGGAUAGGCUGGAUGAGCUCCUGGACAAACGGAAGCGGAAAUAUGAGAUUCUGAAGGCGCAAUGCCUCCUAGAGCAAGGAUACGUGUACACAGUGUUGUAUCACGAAGCUAAGGGAGUUGAGAUGGUCAAAGGCGCAAUGGACAGUGUCACGAAACGUCUCGAGGGCCUCCGAAGGAAUUGUAGAGAUAGUCGUGCGGAAACAUCUAUUGAUGGUGUCCUUGCAGAAGUGAGUAUUUUGACGUGUGAUCUCCUGAGUAUCGAGGAUUCCAAGGUGCGUAAAGCGUUCAACACCAACGAGUGCCUGAAGAACUACGAGGUCGGCCUGGAGAUGUUAAUGUGUCAGCCUGGCACAGAACUAGAGGUACAACUGUGGAACUACUAUCAGGCUCUUAUCAACUACAACAUGGCUAACCUCACAUCACUCUGUAGGGCUGGCGAGGCCGGGAUACACCGGAAGAAGGCGGCGCUACUGUUUCUCCGGGUCUACAAGGAGCUUGACCAAGACAUCCCAGAAUCGAUGAUGUACCGGGCUCGUUCUCUCGGCUACCUUGGUCAUCUCCUUGCAUCUACAUUUGAGGGAAAAGGUGACACCUACAAAGACACGCUGGAAACAUUUACCAUAACAACAGCACAACUCGGGGGCGUGUCCAGCUUUCUGUACGAAAAAGCCCGUUCGUACUGUCCGGAAGAUCACGUGAUUUUGACGACGGAAGCAAAUUUCAUGUUGCACAAAGCUCUAAAUAAAACCCAAAACCUCACAGAGAGAAAGCGUCAACUAGACCGAGCUAAUAUCAUAGUCUCGCGGUCGUUAUCAAAUCUAUCUGAUUAUUACGAGAACUCGCUUGCGUAUUCUGUCAGACGAGACAUCAACUACCACCUUUCUCAGCUCGCCCCAAACAUGGGAGAAAGGUAUCUGCGGCAGGCCAGGUCUGACGGAGAGGUGGUGCUGCUUUCGGGAGGCGUGGCCGACCUCGUUACCAUGGGAAUGAUCUGUCACCUGUUGGCCCAGAGUCAGCCCCAGUCACGACGGCUAUCGAGUAUAGCGGACAAAGAUGACGUAUUGUACGAAGGUAUUGACUACAUUCAGCAGGCAAUCGAAAAGGGCGCGCAGGAUCAAAGUAAACUCAAGUGCUACGAAACUCUUGCAAGUAGUCUGUUUCAGCUUAAGUCGUAUAGAGAAGCAGUGGAGUGUCUUAAGCGUGUGAUUGAAAAUGAUACGACACGGAAUGUGAUUCUGUUUAAAACGUUCUGUACUUAUUUUUUCGAAUUGUAUAAAGACGCCGGGAAAAACGGGCGCCAUGUAUUGCAGGAAUUCGUGUAUUGGUUGUGCUGGUGCGCAGACAAGUUUGGUCAGGAUGACGUCAUCAAUAACUUCGCGAAGUGUACGAAAGAGUAUUUCACGGAAAUGGUUGCGGUCAUAGAGGUAUUGACAUCUAGUAUCCAUGGAAACGGAGGGGGGAAUCACGUUUGCAUGAUAGAAAAACUCAAACAAAAGCUAGAAAAAGUGAGGAGCAAUGAAUCUAAGAAACGAAACGCACCGCCACGUUCACCCAAAUCUCGUUUCCGGUUUCUGCUUCGUAGUCCGCAUGAUAAAAGCAGAACUAUCGGAGAAAAGGAAAGGACGCCGACACGGUCGAUUGGACAAGCGGCUGGGCCUGUGUCCAGUGUCCUAAGGAUCGUCCUCCAGCUGCCGGGAAUGAUGCCACAGUAUAGUGGCACGUACGACUACAUCGUCAUGCAUAGUAUGACUGACAUAAACUGGGUCAUGUAUGUCCUCCGGCCCUCAUUGGAGGAAAGCUUUGGGGUGAACAAGAUCAGAGGCUACCUUGCUGGCCGGGACUUUGUGGCUUCUUCCGGUAUUUGGGAGCCAUUGAGGGACAAAGUGGCAACAAAGGUCAUUCUUGUACUGUCGAUGGAGUUCAUGCGGACAGAAUGGACGUACGCCGAAGAACAGACGGACAUCAUGCGACUGCUAGAAGAGAAAAGCCGAGAGGGAAACUUGGUGCCUCUUUUACUGGACUCUCCAUGCAAAAUUCCCGAAAGACUCCGCUGGAUUUUGGGACUGAGUUGGCGGACCCCCGUGGGUCCCUAUGAUUGGGACCAGGUUCGUCGUUAUCUGGUUUGAAUGGAUACCCACAAGUUACUUCCCGUUUUGUAGCCACAGAAGUAACAUUAUGGUUGUGAUCUUGUGUUUGGCAUUGUGUGUCAAACCUGUUCACGUAUCGACUGCUGGAAAAUAUAAAUGGCAAAAAGUUUAAAAAAUAUUUACAUCUGCUGCCCUACAAUGUCUGUUUGUGUUUUUGUAACAGGUAUGAACUUCUUUUAUACAAUUAUACUACUAUUGUGCAGUUAAUGACUUUCUUAUGCAUCCUCUUGCCACUACCAAAUCUUUUCUCUGACAUGACAAUGGCAUUGAUUAAUCAUCGCUGAAAAGAAAAAGAAGAAAAACGAAUGACAUGCCUGCCGGAUCCUUUAUGAAAAUAAUAAGGAUUAAAUUAACUAAUCAGAGACAACUGUAAUGACUUGUUAUUAAAUGCAACGGGACUAGACAGGGAUUCGAACUCGAGACCUUCCGAUGUAGGGACUGUCGUUCUAACUAACCGAGUAACCUCUCGCCAAAGUUACAAUACUGUAAUAAUGAAAACGAAAACAUGGUAAAAAUUACUGUACGAACGAAAAGCUUUAAUGGAUUUUUAAAAAUGUUUUGCCUGCUGUUGGACAAGGAUCUUUAAAGAAUAUACAACUGCUGUUUACACCAGACUGUCCGGUAAACAUUGGGAACAUUGGUACGUGGUUGUUGUGACAGUGCUAUUUGGUGGAUCAAAUAUAUGUUAUAGUGUUUCUGCAAGGUUAGUAUAAUGUAACAGUGUUUCUGACUGUUCAAUGGAAGAGAAAGCGUUUCUGAUUGGUAAAUCAAUGUAAUAGAGGUGUCUUUGAUAGGUCUAUAUUAUGUAACAAUAAUUCUGAUAGGUCCGUACUAUGUAACAGUAUUUCUUAUUAGUCAAUGAAAGUAAGUGAGUCUUUGAAAGAUAUGUCAAUGAAUUUCGUGUGUUUCUGACAUGUGAUUGCUGGAGUGCAUUUUGUGAUCGUACAGUGUUUCCUCAUACGAAAACGCAAAUGCUAGAGUGCUUUUGAAAGGCCAGUUAAUGUUACAUUUUUUGUGAAAGAUUCGUGAUAUGUUACAGUGUUCCUGAUUGGUCCGUGAUAUGUUAGAGUAAUUCUGAUAGGUCAUUAUAUUUGACUAGUUGUAUAUUUAUUUACCACGUACUUCUGUGAUCUUCCCGUAGAUUUUUGUGAUUAUUAUUUUUAGCCUAUUUAUUUGUGAAUAUAUAAUAAGUUUUUUUGCGAGUUUUAUUUACUACCUAAGUAUUUGUAAAUAAUCACAAUGCUGUGAUGUUUGUUAUUGUUCAACGUUAUAGGAAGAGGUUGUAUUGAAGCAGGAGGGACCAGAGCAUGCGCAUUGUAGCAAAAUGGAAUUCUGCUUUUUGUGAUGAAAGUGUUUGUGGUCGUAGAUAAGCAUGUAUUAUGGUGCUGCCACAACUUGUUUUUUUUACUUUUUCUGACGGUAAGAAAUUGGGUGGAUUUAUGCAUUAGUUUCUGUGAGAAAUUCAAGAAUAUAAUGCCUAGCACGAUGAAAUCGUUUAUAAAGCACCACCUUCAGUCUGUAAAUUUCUUUGACGUGUAAUUCAACUUCAAAUGGAGAAAUUAAUAGACCCGAUGGGUUUUGAUCGAAUAUAAUUUCAGUUUGGCUUAUAUUAAUAACUGUAAUAUGACAAUCUGUAAAAAAAAAAAUGAGAAGAAACCGAUUAAUGAUCAGUAAAUAGACCAGGCCAAAAAAUCCAAAACACUAUUAUUAUCAUUUGAAUAUGUUUUUACAGGCCAUGUUAUUUCUUGCAGAAAAAAACAAUUUCACAAACGCCUUUAUGUCUAUUUAUGCUGUUUGUAGAUAUUUUAGAGAACUGUGUUUCUCGAUCGCGAUAACAAACAUGUGAUCUUGUUAACACACCGUGUAUUUAUAUGUUUAUUUGGCCGUUAAAAAAUAAUUGAGAGAUUAAGAGAGAGAAAUCCAUCUUUGUUGCAACACAAUUUGUAAUAAUAACGCUCUUUAGUUGCUACUACGAGCGUUAAAUCUGACAAAAUAUAACCCACUUUGCAAUUGAUAAAUAUUGUAAAACAUAUUUACGGAUGUCGCUGCCGAGGUUAAAAAGCGCUUGCUCUUUCGGAAUAGCUCGUGUCACAUUCACUAUACGUUACAAUGGAACUUUAUGUAUAUCUCCAUACUUUCGGAUUUUGCUCUUCGUUUGUUUUCCCCUCAUUGUAACAGCUUUGGACAUGGUUGUUGCAAAGACAUCUGUUUUCAUGUGUAUGCAUGUGUGUGCAUGUUUCCAGGUUGUGUAUACACAACAACGGAACCGUCCAAUUCUUGAUACUUGGCAGAAAAAUGCACCAUAGUCUGAGGACGAACGAGGUAAAGGUCGCAGAUUAUGGGUCAAGGUCACAGCAGCCUUUUCAAGAACAAAUGGCGUAUACAGCUAUCCAAUGGAUAUUCUUUAUACUCAGCAGAUAACGCGCCAUUGUGUUAGGACAAAACCUAUUGAAGGUCAAGAUCAACAGCCAAUGUCAUACCAGCUGAAAUGUCAACAAACUGUUCCUGUAGGGUUAAUCUUGGAUUCAUGUCUACUCUCUAUUGUCAUUAAAUAGUUAUUACCAAAUUGAGUCAAGUUUUAACGCACAUCACUAACGAUUGUUCCGAAGGGUGUAAUUAUUACAAAAUUGGUUAUAAUUACAAAGUGGGUUACAAAAUAAGAGUAUGAAGUCGACGAACGAUUAAUAUGUACAAAUAAACCUUAUUGUUACC